AUGGCCCGCCGUGUGCGCGCCGAAGCCAAGCCCUUGACACGCUGCCCCUACGGACAUGCACCGUCAACAGCGGCCUCGAGACCACCCCCGCCAGCAGUGGAAGAGACACUGCUUGAAGUCGUGCCGGAUGCUCAAUUGGAGGACGACCCUCCGCCGAGCCCACCCUCCACUGCCCGCCCAGACGAGGGCGAUGCCGUUGGUGCGGCUGUGCCGGUCUACGCGCCUGAGAGUGUCAUGGUCAAUGCCGUUGCGUUGCUCAACCCGCCAGCGCCAUGGAACGCAAUCGCUGAAUGUCGUCAACAGGCAGAACGCCUUGCAGAGCUCGAGAGCCAAGUCUUGGAGGAGUGCCGACAGCGGCAGGAGCGUCUUUGGCGCUCUGAGCUGCAGGAGCAACUGCAUGAAAGGGAUCAACACUGGCAACAGCAGCAGAAGGAGCUGGAGGGGCAGUUGGCCUUUCUGGAGCGACGGCUCAUCGAGAGCAAGGUCUCGAGUCAAGAGGCGGAAAUGCAACAGCAACAGGAUGCGCGCUUGCGAUACCAAGUGGUCCAGGAGCGCUGCAAUACGUUGGCCACAACGAUGGCGGAAGAGCAGGCGGCCUACAACGUGAAGCACUUGCAGCUAGAGGCUUUGCAGCAAAGACAGGAGCAAGACGUGUCAAAGCUCCAUGGGGAGCUUCUCGCCUCACAGAAGGAGAUGGAGGUGAUGCGACUUGAGGAGCGAACGCUGGCCACCUGUGCGCAGGAGGAGUUUCAGGCCGAAGCCGCUUGCAAUGCCUUCAGCCUCAGGCGAGCUGAGGCCCAAGCACGGCAAGCAGAGGAGGAGACUUCACGAGCGGAGGAGGCCUUCUCCGGCCUGCAGAUGCAGUUGCAAGCCACCAGGAAAGACUUCCAGGUGGAACACCUUCAAGUGGAAGAGCGAUUGCAGCAGGCGGAGCACUCGCAGCAGAUGGCCAGGCGUUUGAGUGUCGGUGAAGAGGAGCUCGCCGCCCGAGCUCAGAGGGAUCUCGAAGAGUCUCGUGCGGAGGCCAUCGAGACCAAGGCUGAGACAGAGGACUUGCGCGCUACGGUCAUGGCCUUGACCGCUGAGCUCCAGGUAGCACACCAGAAGGCUGUUUGGGAAGAAGAUCAACGGCAAGUCCUCCAUCGGACCUUGAAAGAUGCCUACCUGAAGCAAGAAGCCUUUCUGGAUGAGGUGCAUGCAGCCCAGACCUUUGCCGCAGAGGCCACCCAGCGUGCCGAGGAAACCCAGAGGGAGCGGCACCGCGACCUCCGUGAAUUCCAACGAAUCUUGCGACAGCAUCAAGACCGCUUGGAGCUGGAGCAGCGCAAGGAAGUUUGGGAAGAACUUCAGAAAGCUGUGCUGGAAGUGGCAUUAGAUGACACAGGCGAUGAUUUUUGUUUGGGUACACCAUGA